CUUGAUCACUCUUGCUCCUCUCUCUCUCUCUCUCUCUCUCUCUCUCUCUCUCUCUCUCUCUCUCUGUGAUUUAUUACGUCCUCUUUCCAUGUCCUUCCAUUUUAUGUCCCUCCCUCUUUCUUUUAUUACACCUCCUCAGUCCCCUCGUUCAUUCCCAAAGUCGCUCUAUUUGACUCCUGUCUCGUUAGGAGAACCUGGUAUGUACAAAAAUCACAUAAAAGACACCAACAACAACUGCAAAAAACCCCUUCUCCCUGGCAGCAAGGAGAAGCUGGUCCAGGCUAUAAAAAGAAUCAAACAUGAGGUGGACGAAUGCAGAGAGGCAGAGAGAGAGACGUACGUGGAGUCGCUGGAUGUGGAGAGCAGCUUUGACGAUCUGGAACGAGAGCUCAGGGCCGAGUUCCGGAACCUUCACCAGUUCCUGGACGAGGAGGAGAGCAGCGAUCUGGAGCGGAUGAGGAGAGAGAGAGACAGGCAGGUGAAGCUUCUUAGGGAGAGGGAGAAGAAGAUCGCAGAGCAAGGCAGGGACCUGGAGAGAGCCAUCGUCACGCUCAACAGCAAACUGGCCGAGGAGGACAGUCCCAAACUGCUCAGAGAUAUUCAAGAUCUCUUAAAAAGGUCCCAGGUGAGCUUCAUCCCUCCGGCUGAGAUCGACACAGAGGUUCGUUCAGGUCAGUUCGUCGGGCCAAUCCAGUACAGGAUAUGGAAACAUAUGAAGGGUUGCCUCUACCCAAACAUCUCCACGAUGACCUUUGACCCCGACACGGCCCACCCAAACCUCACCAUGUCCCCAUCCUUCACCUCGGUGCGGUUUGAGGAGGACAAGGACGUAAGUGGCUGCGAGGCAAACCCCCGGCGCUUCCACUACUACUACAGCGUGAUGGGCCGUGAGGGCUUCACCACGGGACGCCACUACUGGGAGGUGGAGGUGGGCCCCAAAACGGCCUGGCGCUUGGGUGUGGCGAGGGAAGACGUCCACCGGGGCGAAAUGACCUCCAGCGGGACAGCCAGCGGCUUGUGGACCCUGUCCCUGAAGGGCGGGGCCGUCAUGGCCUGCACAGACCCUAAGCCCACCAGGGUGAGGGUGUCCGUCAGGCCCCGACGCAUAGGGGUGUUCUUAGACUGCGAGAAGGAGGAGGUGUCUUUCUACGACGCUGUGACCAUGAUGCCCCUCUACACGUUCUCCACGGGGGCUGCUCUUGUUCCGUUGUUCCCCUUCUACAACCCAUGCGACACUGACGAUGGGAAGAACCUGGGUCCUCUCCAGCUCUUCAGCCCCUCUCUAUGAGAAGAACACCUUCGACCAGCAGGCUGUACUUAAAUGGGAUGCAUGCUGAUGGAAAAGAGAGAUAUUUGUUUUUAUACCGUGAGUCCUUUUUUGUUUGAAUCUGUUUAAAGAGCCAUUUAAUGUGUUUGUAGGAUUUCUUAUUGAAACACUCGAUAGUACAAUUUGCAUUGAUUUCCUCUUCCUGUCAGUUAAGACAUUCUACUUGAGCUGUGCACGUUUUGACAGUUUUUGUCAUUACAUUUUAAUGAACGUUGUCAUUUUAUUCAUCUCUUGCAUGAAUUUUAAGAAACAUGAAUAAAUAGCUCAAAGCAUUUUGUAUCAUG